AUGGACCCGCUCUCACAAUUGCCAGUCGAGUGCCUAGAACGCGUCCUCUAUAUCCUUGACGGAGACGACUGCCUCCCCGAACUGGCCAGGCUCCUCACUAUGAACAAGCACAUCGCCUCUGCCACGCUCCCCAUUCUCUACAAUGACCCUUACCGGAACGCCUUUCACCAAAACGAGCAGGGAAAGAGUGGCCAAGCCAAGCCUGGAUCCUACGGAAAGCUCACUCGGACGCUCCUCAGCCGUCUUCCUGUCGGUUCCAUCCCCAAGUCACUCCUUCUUGCCCUCAUCCCCGAUCCUAUCAACUAUUUUUCAACGACAACAGCAGCAACUAACUCGUCGCUCGACUACCUCGCCCAUAUCCGCCAUCUCAACAUUCAAACACGAGACUCCUGGGAGCUCAAAAACACUUUCCUGCCAACAGCCCUUCCUCCUCACGUCCUCAAGUACAUCAGGAGCGACGAAUUUGACCAGCUCUACCAGUCGAACCCAUUUGCGCCAGAGUACGCCUGCUCCUUCAUGGACAAGGAUCGGACUAUGCAGGAUUACUAUCAAGUCAUAAUUGUCUUGGAAGCAUAUUGGUGUUUGGCGAACCCCAUCCUCGAGCAGCUUCAAUCGUUCACAAUCCCCUACAUCCGCAACAUCGAACGGUAUCACAAGGUCGUUGGUCGCUUCAAGAAUUUGGAGAGGCUUGUCUUUGCCAUUUCGGAGACGUUUGAGGAUCCCUUCGGCGAGAUUGAUGACAGUAUUGACGACAGUAUUGAUGACGACUUCCACAUUGAUACCUGGGAUUGGAGAUCCAGCAAGCAACGCAGAGAUAAGGCGAUCCAGGACCAGACGCAGUUUGUCAGCGAGCAUGUGCGACUCCUCAAGGGCCGUCUCAAGUUCUUCGGCUGUCUAGAAGGCAAUGUGUGGCAAAUGCCAACGUACCUCGGAUGGCCCAACUGGCUACAUUUCUCGGCUCACCCCCUGUCGACUGAUCUUGCGCACGUCCAAAAUCUCACUAGUCAUGGACUGCCAGAGUCAUGGGACGACCUCGUCUGCAGCAACCAGUCGAUUCUCCAGCGGUGCCGGGCCUUGAAGCAUCUGGAAAUGUACAAACCGCGUGCUGGGAUGUUUAAGUGGGCGGUUCAGGAGAAGAGUUACAUGGAGAAGGCUGUUCGUGAUACAGCAACUUACAACAGCUAUGGGGGACGCAGAUCACUAGCACAGGACGAUACUUUGCAGACGGCGCAAUGGAACCAUGGCCUUGUCCCGCUUCAACAUGUCACUGUUAGUCUAUCACAUGAAUCGAGCACCGGCGACAUUGACGACAUUGUUCACGCCUUCGACCAGACUCUGGAAGUGCUUGAUGUCACGCUCACAUCCUUGGACUCCAUGGUACCCUGCCUCGGACAAGGAUGGGUCGACCUUCCGGUCUUGACUACUCUGCACGUGGUUACGUACUGGGCGGAACGACUGGUGGUAGACUCGCAACUGCUCACCCAUUGCCCCAACCUAAUUGACCUUCGACUGGAAGACGCUUCUCAAGAGUACUCGUGUCAGGACAUCGUCCCCUAUCUUCCUGCCCAGCUGCGCCGACUCGGUCAUCUGCACUUGAGCGGCUGGCCCGCUCUAACGUUCGAUCCGGCGACCCUUACCUCGACACCAAGUCUCACGAACCUGUCGAUUAAGAUCCAGUAUGAUUACAGUGAGAUCGAUUUCAAACCAUUUAUUCCAUCAGUGGAGGAGCUCAACCAAUCCUAUGGCAUCCAGACAGGACCAGUUGCAUCAACUAGCGAUUCAAGACCCAGGAUCUUUCGCCCACGUUGGACUUGGGAUUGGCAACUACCACUCCUCACAAUGAUCAGUCUGAGCGCCGAAUUUGCGUACUCAUUCGAGUUCAAGAUACUUCAUGGAUGCCCAGCAUUGGAAAGUUUGUAUUUGGAUAUCCGAUCGAAGACCCCAGGAGAACACGUCAGAUUCAUCUCCGAUACGGACCUGUCCGUGCCAACAAGCAACAGUUCCAGUCCUACUUCGCCCUCCUCACCUGCUACAGAGCGCCUUUGUUUGCCAUCUCUCAACCAGUUGGGACUGAGCGGAGAGUGGGUGAUCGACCGCAGUAUCGUUCCGCUGAUGUUUGCCAAGACAUUCCCAGUUGUCAAAAUUUUCUACCUGGAGGGGUGGACUCAUACUACGCUCGACAGAAUGUUCAAGCUGUUUAGGACGAUGCCGACAACAUACGACGAGUCUGUGUCCCUGUACAUCUCGAACCCUUCACUCUCCUAUCAAGAUUUUGCCAGAUACGAACUUGUUGAGUAUUAUGGCGCAGAGGAGGACGAGGGCGACACGUUGGCUGUGAGAAUCAUCGAUAACGACGCUCACUACCGUCUUUUGAAGAAGGUGUCUUAA